AAUAUGUCCAAUAAUAAGGCUUCAAGGUUUUUUUUCUUGUUAUUGCAAGAUAUUGCCUUAACUUUAAACAAGUGACAACGACUUAGUAAUAAUAAGAAACAGGCAAUAAUGGGAAAUUGCUUGAAAAUAAGCAACACUUCCGACGACAUUUCACUUUUGCGAGGCAAUGACGGUGUUAAUGGUUCAAAUAUUGAAACACAGGAGCCAGUAAAUCAUCAGGUUGAACAAUAUCAACGCGUAUUUCACCCUACGACCUCCUCCGCUUCCGUAUCCGUAACACCAUCUAUCAUUCGACGACAACAAAAUUUGACAGAGGACGAGGAUCACGUUAAGCUGGCAAAGCGUAUUGGUUUAAUGCAACAUUUGCCCAUUGGGACAUACGAUGGUAGUUCAAAAAAGGCACGAGAAUGUGUUAUCUGUAUGGCAGAAUUUUGCGUGGACGAAACUGUGCGCUAUCUGCCUUGCAUGCAUAUUUAUCAUGUCAAUUGCAUUGAUGAUUGGUUAAUGCGAAGCCUAACAUGCCCGAGUUGCUUAGAGCCCGUCGAUGCUGCCUUACUCACCAGCUAUGAGACAACAUAGCGUCAAUACACAUAUACAUACAUACGUCUUUAUCAAUUUUACUGUUAGUAGUUGACAGAAAAAAUCACAUUAAAAACUAUUUUCCAAGUUGGGCAAACAUUAUAAAA